AUGGAAGAGGACCUGAGUACGGGCAUGACGUGGAAGCCCCUUACGAAAGGAGAUAUCGUAGUGGCUGAUGAGGGCGUUCACUGGGCAGUGCAAAAUGGUCUCGAUCUAUCAAGAAGUACUGUUGUUUAUUUCAAGCAUAAUGAUAUGGCUUCACUCGCUAGCACUUUGGAAAAACUUACUCGUGGAAACACACAUGCUGAUAAGACUAGAUGCUACAUUGUUGUGGAAUCUAUUUACCAGGCGUACAUGAAUUCUGGUCAGAUUGCCCCACUGGAUGAGAUAAUCAAAUUGAAGGAGAAAUAUCGGUUCCGUGUUAUGCUGGAGAAGAGUCAUUCGUUUGGUGUGCUUGGCAAGUGUGGCCGAGGCCUUGCUGAACAUUAUACUGUGCAGAUUGACAAAAUUGAUAUUAUCACAGCCGGAAUGGGAAAUGCAUUAGCAACUGAUGGUGGUUUCUGUACAGGAAGUGCUAGAGUUGUUGAUCAUCAGCGUCUAAGCAGCUCUGGCUACGUGUUCUCUAAUUCUCUAGCACCUUAUCUUGCCACUGCUGCUGUGUCUGUUGUAAACUACCUGGAGGAAAAUUCUUCAGUUCUCAGUAUCCUGAGGAGCAAUGUUGCUCUUCUGCAGAAAGGACUGUCAGUUACGCCAGGGCUUCAAAUUUGUAGCCAUCUUCUGUCACCCAUGGUCUUCCUUAAGCUCAAGAAAUCGACAGGUUCCCUAGCCCCUGACCUUGAUCUUCUUGAAACCAUUGCCGAACAGGCUUUGAAGGAAGACACAGUUUUCAUUGUGGCAUCCAAGAGGUCAAGUUUGGACAGGUGCAAGCUUCCGGUUGGGAUUCGCCUGUUCGUAUCCGCUGGUCACAUGGAAUCAGACAUCUCCAAAGUAUGUUCAUCCCUGAACAGAAUUUCCUCGUCGGUCCUCAAUUGA